GAGGGGAGAAAAAAAAAAAAAGGCCCAGGGCCGCUAGCUUUUCCCCCGCCCCGCGCAGGGCUCUCUGAACAUGGCCACGCACGUUUUCCUCACGGGACCCCCAGGAAUUGGAAAAACAACAUUGAUACGGAAAGCUGCUGAAAUUUUGAAAUCAUCUGGUAUCCCCAUUGAUGGAUUUUACACAGAGGAAGUGAGAGAAGGUGGCCGGAGAACAGGGUUUGAUGUUGUCACUCUGAAUGGAAAAAGAGGAAUUUUAUCCAGAGUUGGCUCUGGUCAUUCAGCAGCAAGGCAUGAAUAUCGUGUUGGCCAAUAUGUUGUAGAUCUAGCUUCGUUUGAGCAGUUGGCUCUUCCUUUGUUGAGAAACGCGGAUUUUGACAGCAGUGCAAUGAAAAAGGUAUGCAUAAUUGAUGAGAUUGGUAAAAUGGAGCUCUUCAGCCAGACAUUUAUUCAAGCUGUCCAACAAAUUUUGAAUGGAUCCGGGACUGUGAUACUUGGAACAAUCCCAGUGCCUAAAGGAAAGCCUUUGAGACUUGUGGAAGAGAUCAGAAAUAGAAAAGAGGUGAAACUCUUCAGUAUUACGAGGGAGAAUCGAGAUGACAUUUUGCAAGAAGUUGUGACAGCUGUGGAGAGCUGCCUAAAAUGAGAUGUUUGUCUUCACAUCCCAUCUUCUGCUGUUUACAGUUUGACGUUAUUUUCAUUAAUAUCUACAGCUUAAUUUACUUGAAAUAAGCUGGUGUAGGUGUUCUUGUUUCACAUUUGUUUUCUGAGGUGGUUUUCUGAAACAGAGUUAAUUUGUUCAGGAAAAUAAAUGCACACACAAACACAGCUACACAUUCACCGACAUAAUGAUUGGCUUCAUCAUAAUACUGAGAAUACAGCCUUUAAAUUGAUUGAUACUUUAUUUUAAUUCAUGUUAAUAGCGAAAAUGUUUGAACAAUCUGCUGUGGCUCAGUCCUAUCUCCAAUCAGAUACUUUUUCACUUAUAGCACUGCAUCGUAGAAGGAGGGCUUUCCCACGGUGUAAAGACUUGCCAGACUCUUCCACUCUCUUUGGAACACGUUUCACGAAUGCCACAAGUAAAAAAAGGGCAGCCAUGGAGAACUAGAAAAAGAGGCAUAUUUCUCAAACGCCAAUGAAUUUUCUUUACUUUGAAAAAUUCAGAGGUCUUUUAGAAAUUUGUCAAUAGCUAAAGCAUUUUGAUUACCAGUUACUAACUUUUAACAAAGUUUAAAAAAUACUUUUCACUGGUGUUUAGGAAUCUCAGGAAUCAAACAUUAAACUGGAGAGUUUGAUUUGCCUCUGAAAAUAAAAGUUAAAGAUGACUAGAAGACUGGAAACAAGGCUUACGUGUAUCUAUCUUGUGCUGUUUUGGGGUUAUGCUUAAAAAAAUGAUUUUAAGAUGUUGGUGAAAUCAGAUUUUCCAAAAUCUCUUUAUCCCUUCAUUUGUUUGUUCAUUCAGCUCUUAACUUCUAAACAUUUAUCAAAUACUUUCUAGCUAUUUGUUUCUAUAUGGAAAGUAUUUCUCUUGUGAAUAACUUUGAUUUCCCUAUCUCAACUUGACAUUUGAUCAGCCAAGUUAAAUUGCUGUGUUUACUAACACGUAACAUUUUUUAUUCCCUUUCCACCUUUUUCUGUUAAUAAAUAAGCUAUAAAUUACUGUGA